CAUUUCUAUUUAGAGUUUUCCGGUAGUAUGGUGGUAAAAGUGCAAACAUGGCGGAUGACAAAGAUGUGGAGAAAACGAUCGCCGAAGAUUUGGUUGUUACCAAAUAUAAAAUGGCUGGAGAGAUCGUGAAUAGGAUACUGAAAUUGGUAAUUGCAAAAUGUGUGCCAGGAGCGUCAGUAAAAGCUGUCUGUCUAUAUGGGGACGAGCUUUUAACCGAAGAAACCGGCAAAGUCUUUAAGAAAGACAAAGACUUAAAGAAAGGCAUUGCAUUUCCAACAUGUGUCUCUGUGAAUAAUUGUAUUUGUCAUUUUUCCCCGGUGCCUAGUGAACCCGACUGUGUCUUAAAAGCUGGAGAUGUUGCUAAAAUCGAUUUGGGAGCACAUGUCGAUGGCUUUAUUGCCGUAGUUGCCCAUACGAUUAUCGUGGGAGCUAAUCCAGUUGAAAAAAUCACUGGCAGGAAAGCUGAUGUUAUUCUGGCAGCUCACUAUGCCUCGCAAGCAGCCUUGAGAUUGCUUAAGCCGGGCAAUGACACCUAUGCAAUCACUGAAGCUGUUCAAAAAGCAGCUGAAGCUUUCAAGUGCAAACCAGUCGAAGGGAUGUUGAGUCAUCAGCUGAAACAGUUCAAGAUUGAUUGUGAAAAAACCAUCAUUCAGAACCCAAACGAUGCCCAGAAAAAAGAGCAUGAAAAGUUUGAACUGGAUAAACAUGAAGUGUAUGCUAUGGAUGUCAUAGUCAGUACAGGAGAAGGUGUGGGCAAAGAAACUGAAACCAGAGUGUCCAUAUACAAGAAAACCGAUGAAACCUAUCAGCUGAAGCUUAAGGCAUCCAGGAUGUUUUAUACGGAGGUUAGAACAAAACACGGAAAUAUGCCGUUCAAUCUUAGAUACUUUGAGGAUGAGACCAAGGCAAAGAUGGGGGUGAAUGAAUGUGUGAAGAAUAAGCUCGUGGAACCUUUUCAAGUGUUAUACGAAAAGCCUAGUGAAGUAGUAGCUCAGUUCAAGUUCACUGUGCUACUUAUGCCUAAUGGCCCGCACAAGAUAACGGGGUUGCCUGUGGAGCUGGAAUCAUACGAAUCUGAGCAUUCAAUAACAGAUGCUGAUCUAAAAUCACUGCUGAACAGCUCCGCCAACCCGAAAGCGGCCAAGAAGAAGAAGAAGAAAUCCGAAAGCAAUUCCUCUGAGCCCCAGCCCAUGGAGUGCGAAGUCUUCGAGAUUUAGAAUGACGUAAUAUUAUUUUAACUGCCUUUUUCUAUGACUUCAUCAAUUUUUAUUUUCAUUUUAACUGUUCUCUGACUUGCAAUGUAUCAAGUGGAUUGAAGAAACCAUCUCAGCUCUGGUCACAAUUAAAUUUUCCUCAAUGAGGUGCAUAAUAUGGAAAAGAUACUGCCUCAAAAGUAUGUUAGAAAAUAUUUUUCUAAAAUUACCAAUUAAUUAAGCAGCUGAAACAUGAUUUUAUUGUCUUAACAUUUUGCUGUAACUUGCAUAAGUAAAACCUACAUUGGAAUAAAAUUUUCUAAUUUUUUUAAAGAGUUUGAUACUUAAAAGUUAUGUUUUAUUUCUGUGGUUUUUGAUUUAUCUGCUGGCGAUUCUGGUAGGAAAACGUCGAGAUACUUACUAUAUCCUUAGAUAAUAAAUAACAAUUGCAGAGUAUUGAACUAUUUAAGAAAUAGAAUAUUUACUGUGACAAGUCAAAUUGAUGUAACAACUUCGUUUUAAAUAAAAUGAAUUUAGUAGUUUGCGAUGAA